AUGUGCCACUCGCAUUUACGGCUGGAUCGCGACCGCGAUCCAGCUGCGAAUGGUUGCGUUCCCUUCCUGGAUUUACCAUCCCCAUCAGCUGUGUAUUCAAAUGAAGAAAGAAGGGUUUAUAUUGUGUAUAUGGGAGCUCAACACGCAUCCCAGUACCCAACUUAUGAACUCCAUCUUAAUUUGCUCAAAGAAAUUCUCGUGAACUGUUCGCCUAGUGAGUCUUUGGUGUAUAGCUACCAAAGGAGUUUCAGUGGAUUUGCUGCCAAACUUUCGAUUGAUGAGGCCGACAAGUUGAGCGAAAGGGAAGGAAUAGUUUCGGUGUUUCAUAGUAAAACCCUUAAGCUUCGCACAACGAGGUCAUGGGAUUUCCUCAACUUCCCACAGAGUGUAAAUAGAAAUCCUCCACUGGAAAGUGAUGUCAUCGUCGGAAUGCUCGAUUCUGGAAUAUGGCCGGAAUCCAAGUCCUUCAAUGAUAAGGGAUUGGGACCUCCGCCGAAGAAAUGGAAGGGCGCUUGCGUAAAUAUGACAUGCAACAAUAAAAUCAUCGGGGCACGCUACUACAAUAGCUUCCGCGAUUACCCGGUGGAAGAACCAUCGCCGCGCGACUUCGAUGGUCACGGGACGCACACAGCUUCCACCGCCACCGGCCGAAGCGUCUCCCACGCCAGCCUCUACGGCCUCGCCAAGGGCACUGCCCGGGGGGCCGUGCCUUCAGCGAGACUAGCGGUGUACAAGGUGUGCUGGGCGUUGGGGUGCACCGAUCAUGACAUCUUGGCGGCGUUUGACGAUGCCAUCUCCGACGGUGUCGACAUCAUCUCUCUAUCAAUCAGCGGCUAUAAAUCUCUGGAUUACUUCCAGGACUCGAUAGCUAUUGGCUCCUUCCAUGCUAUGGCGAAUGGGAUUUUGACAUCGGCCGUUGCUGGGAACGACGGGCCGAAACAUGGCACAGUCUGCAACGUGGCACCGUGGAUGGUGUCGGCAGCGGCGAGCAGCAUCGAUAGGCACAUCAUUGACAAGGUAGUCACCGGCGAUCACGUGUCCACUUUGGGAGCUUCUGUCAAUACGUUUGCGACAACAAAUAGGUUUCACCCGUUGAUCUACUUACCGGGAAAUGCAACUACUUCUCCAGGGGAUUGCAGCAUGCCAGAUAAAAACGUGGUGAAAGGAAAGAUUCUUCUCUGCAAAUUACUCUCUUACGAAACUUUUACUAAGGGCAUUCAAGGACUGAUAUCUAUAGAUGAUUCUUCACUUGAUAAUUCCUUCUUAGGCCCAAUUCCAUUCAUUGUAAUCAGCUCAUUGGAUGGCCUCAACCUUUUGAACUACAUAAACAACACAAAUUCAAUAUCGAGAAAUCCUGUGGCUAACAUCCAAAAAAGUGAAGCAGUUUUCGACUCCGAGGCUCCCUUGGUCGCUUCCUUCUCAUCGAGAGGCCCCAAUUUAAUCACCCCUGACAUCUUGAAGCCUGACAUAAGUGCUCCAGGAAUUGAUAUUUUGGCCGCCUGGUCACGGGUUGCAUCGGUGUCAAACCUCCCCAACGACACAAGGGUCGUCAACUUCAACAUAAUCUCGGGCACUUCCAUGGCUUGCCCGCACGUAACCGGCGCCGCCGCCUACGUCAAGUCUUUCCACCAAAACUGGUCGCCAGCAGCCAUCAUGUCUGCGCUCAUGACGACAGCCAAACCGAUGUAUCCUUCUGCCGGCCAAGACCAAUUAUCGUAUGGAGCCGGCCAACUGAACCCGGUGAAGGCCGUCGACCCAGGUCUUGUCUACGAUGCCGGUGCCAGUGACUACGUGCAAAUGCUCUGCGACUCGGGCUACAACGAAACCAUGAUCGGAAUCGUCACCGGCGACUCCAGUUCUUGCUCUUCCAGUACCAGUACUGGAACGGCGAGGGAUCUCAAUUACCCAUCCAUGGCCUUACAUGUUCAGUCCGGCAAAGCCUUCGCUGCCAAGUUCUUGAGAACAGUGACCAACGUCGGCAGCGCCCGACGCGGCAAGUACAAGGCCGAGGUCCGGGCUGAUCGCAGACUUAAUGUGGUGGUGAAUCCUAGUAAGUUGAGGUUUUCGGAGUUGAAUGAGAAGAGACAGUUCACUGUGUCGGUUUCUGGCGGGCCAUUGCCAGGGAACUCGACGGCGCCGGCGACGGUCAUUUGGUCGGACGGGAAGCAUCUGGUGAGGAGUGUGAUGGUUGUCUACACCGAUUUCUCAUCUUGA